AUGCGGACCCUCAUACCGCUUCUCAUCGCCCUCUUCCUCCUAGCCACCACCACACUCGCCGCUCAGUCCGCAACAUCCUUCUGCAAAUGCGUCUGCGCCGGAAACAGCACCAUCAUCGCCCUGAACCCACGCUCCUCCACUUCCAAGACCCAGCACUCCUCCCUGAAGUUGUCCCGCUCCCUCACACCUCGCGACGAAGACUCAGAAACAGAACAACAACGACAAGACCAACAAAAACACCACACCCCAACCUGCGCAGACUGCAACCGUGCCUUCUGCCUCGACCAGGGCGUCAAGAUCUGUGAGGAUGUGAAGGAGGAGGAGAUCUUUGCGAGCUGUUUUCAGCGCGAUUCCCUUAAAGACGAACUCGUCGUAAUUUUGUUUCUGGCAUGCACGGGCGGCCUGUUAGGGUGGGCGCUGAUGAAGCCAUUUGUGCUUAGAUUUAGAGAUGGAGGUGUGGCGGGGUUGGCUCUGCCUACGAGUUCGGGCAUGAGCGGCAGGGGUGUAGGGGCAGAUGCGGUGGGUUCUACAGGCCGUGAAAGGACAGGCCGAGGAGCAGGAACAGCUUUCCGGGGGAAUGGUCACGAUCUAGAAGAUGAUGAGGAGCCUUUACGGCCAAUAUGA